UGUGGAUGGCGGAGUGGAUUGAUUAGUUUUGAAGUAUUUGCGCUUUACGAUUGUCAAAGAAUAUUGUGUCUUGACGCAACUGCGGCAAGGUUGUAGGAUUUACGGACUCAAUGAACUGCGGCUGUGUGGCUGACGCAGCGUACUGUAAGCAGCAGAAUGGUCCGGUGUUCAUGUCGGGAACAAGCUGAGAUGGUGUUUGUGUACGGCCCAGCAGAUGGAAACGGUCGAGAGGCAGCACGGUUAUAUCAAAACAAGUACUCUCAAAGACACCAACCAUAUACACAAAAUUUAAAGCCCUUUUUGGGCAUUUCUAUGAACGUGGGUCCAAUCAGACAGACGAACGUUGUGUGACGUGGGUGGUGGUUGUGAGGAAUCUGUCCCUGCAGUUUGUUGGCAUUACUAAUGUUCACCCUGUAUAUAUGAACUCCCCAGAGCACGCCUCAAGCUACUUCAUCUGUCGGUGAUCCUCCGUUGAAGAUAAUAUGCUGUGUCCUCCCUGCCUCCCUAAGAAGAAAUCCUCCAUCCAACCAAAAAUUGUUUGGUAACACUCCCCCCAUCCUUCCCCGAUAAUAUUAAUUACUUCCGUUAAACCGAGCGAGGUGACGCAGUGGUUACCACAUUGGACUCGCAUUCGGGAGGACGACGGUUCAAUCCCGCGUCCGACCACUCUGAUUUAGGUUUUCCGUGGUUUCCCUAAAUCGUUCCAGGCAAAUGCCGGGAUGGUUCCUUUGAAAGGGCACAGCUGACGUGCUACCCCCGUCCUCCCCUAAUCCAAUUAGACAAAUGACCUCGCAGUUUGGUCUCUCCCCCUAAACAACCCAACCAACCCCAACUACGGUUAAUGAGUCAAGAAAGCACCCACCGCAAACUGUUCUCGGGCAACUGCGUGUGGUAUAUUCAAGAGUAGUAUGUAUGUAACCUGAUACCUGUCAAGUAUCAAACUAAAAUAAAGGUCGCCCUCCGCCCAUUGAUCGCGGUCAUUAGAAUGACUUACAAAUGGCGUGCAGUCAAGUUGCCUCUCCCCUCUUUCACGGCUUUUCCAAUUACCUGAGUUUCGUCAUUGAGAGUCUCUAUGCCGUAAUGAAAAAAUGAUCGGAGAGGUCAGCUAAAGAGUUAUCCUGCUUAAAAAUCGCGGACAUUUACGUGACACGUAAACUAAAUCCAGUUUGGAAUUACGGUACGGUGAAGAACAAGCCACCUGUAAAAACCACAAUGUCUGGAACGCAUAGUGGUAACUAAGCGAGAAAAGUAAUGGACCAAAUUUUGUGGCUCUGCAUGUACAUGAUGACACUUUGCAAUUUAGGAGUUCCUAACCCCCACAUCCUCUCUGUAAAAUUAUGGGCCUAUAGAUGUCACGCAGCUAUGAGAACUUAAGAGUAAUUAGGCAGUUCCUAGAAGGAAAUCCGGAGGCAGUAGUUUGGACAGAAGAUGAUUUUCUGUCUGCCUCUUCUGUUUGCAGAUGGCAGAUUCACGUCUUUGGACAGGAUAACGGUGAGACAACUGGAAAAAUUCAUACCUUUCAUGGUUUCAUGUUCAGUUGGGAGAGAGAAACCACUGGGAUCUAUUGAACCCUUGUGGUGGCCAUCGGAUCUACCAUUUUCCAUACCAUUAAAGAAGCCUCACAGUGUUAGUAAUAAAUGGUUAGCAUUACUGAAGAGUCUAGUUUGUCGUUGUUACACAUACCAUGGCUGUGAAUUUAUGCUUAGAUUUUGUACUGAUCUGACAAAUACUCCAAGUUCAGUACUGACAUAUGUGGAUACAUGGAAUGACACUGUGUCAGUUUACAGCAAAAAAACAGGAAAGCUUGUUGUAACUUUCAGAAGUGAGAAUAUGACAUAUGACAAAACCCCACAGACACCAAGAUGUCAAAUCUUUGGGAAUAAUAAAACUGGUACUGAGACUUCAUGUGACAACACACAUUUCUUGGAUAUAUAUGUGUGUGAAAUGUGUGAUUUCACAUUUCCAAAUCUUGAAGCAGCACAGGAACACGAAGAAAUCUGCAGACUUGACUCUACAAGUGUAACAGUGCACAAUACUGAUGAGCCUCUUGCAUCAGAGCAGGACAGAUUUCUAGAUUACCUUGGCCUGAAGAACAAUACAGAAGUUGAUUCUACUGUACAACAUAAGAGAACAUCUAAAGAUGUGAGAUGGAAGGUUGCUGGCGUGAAUUUUACUCGUUGCUGCUCCAUUCCUGUGUCUUCUCCUCUUGGACUAGCUUUACACAGGAGAACAAAACCAUCAACUGUUUCCUCGGAAGUUCAUCUCGGAAAAGUGGAAAGACAUUGUGUCGACUACACGGACUUUCUUCCACGAACGCGUGAAGCCAAGCAUUCAGAUGGUCCAUGGCCUACCACUUGGAAACGAAAUAAAACAUCUACAAAUGCAUGGGCCCAUAUUUACAAAUUCCCUAGGAAACAUCUGAGGUGUCGUCCUCCUGUACCAGACACAGGUUUGACUGCUGAGAGCCUGAAAUUGUUGCAGCUUUGCAAACCACUGUCUGUGGUUUUACAUAAGCUCGGACGUGAGGAUAUUCAUGUUUGGUCCAAGAAAAAUGAUUUGGAAAAUUUGAACCAUGAUAUGGAAAUGCAAAUAGACACUUCCAGCGAAAGUCUCAUUGAUGACAACUAUCUAACUUCACUUGGAGAAAAAGCCAUCACUGAAAGUUAUUUGAUGUCUUUAAAUUCUCAUUAUAAUCCAGACGGGAAAAAUGCUCAUAAUAAUGCUGGGAAGCAAUUACUUUGUCAACCAAAAAGUGCAGAGGUGGAAAUACAUUCAGAGUGUACAGAAAAUAUUAUACAAGCUAGUGGAGCAUACUCAUGUGAGACUGAACAGUCUGAAGGAUUUUCAGUGUUAAGCAAUUCAGUUUCUGUGCCAGAGACAAAAUUUCCACAAAAUACAGAGGGUCAUCUGCGAAUUUCAACUAGUCCAAGUGAGGGAUCUGUAUGCAGCUCUCCAGAACCUUUCUUCCCACAGUCAGUAGGCACAAUGCUUAGCUCUGAAACUGAUGUUAGUGUAGUUGAUGCUACUGACUUCUCUCUGUCUCAGGAAAUAGUGUCGAGUAAUGAACUGACACAAUGUGAUUUAUCUCCAUUGUAUAUUCCAGAGGCACAUACAAUGGAAUUUAAUCCACUUCAUCUUCGCACUUCAAGAUAUGAUACUAAUGUUCAUUCUUCGCAGCUUGAUUGUGAAUACACACAGUCUCCACUAAUUUCAUAUAUCCUUCCACAAAAACUGAUUCCCAAGGUGCUGCCAUCAAAACUUGACCACCAGGUUUAUCUUUCAAAACUGAAAUGCCGAUCAUCUGCUAGGAAGAAAAUCCCACAGUCAGCUGCACUGGCUAUUUCUGAUAGCUGCACACCACAAACCCAAGUGCAUUCUUCAAUCUUACGUCCUCUGCUGCCUCUUUCUGCUGAUCCACCAGUCAUCUGUACAGCAGUUACUCAGAAGUCUUUCAUAGAAUCUGAAUCAAUUGGCUGUAAUUAUCCUGCUAUUCCUGGCGAUGUCUAUUCAUCUUUGUCUGAAAAGGUAUUGCCUAAACAUCAAAGAAGUGGAGUUUUGUAUUCAAAUCACAUCAGUAAACCGUCUGGAGAACAGCUAACAAUUCAGAAACAAGUGCAAGAAAAAAAUAUUUUGUUGACAACUAGAAGUCUGAAUGAAACUCAUGGAAUUUGUAGCAGGAAGGACACAUCAGUGUCAUGUACAAGUGAAGAAUUAGAUGUGCAAUCUAAUAUAAAGCAGGGUCCCUCAUGUGCAGAUGAGCAGCAUACACCUCUUAGGAUUAGAAACGUUUCACUAAAUACUGAAUUUGAAGACCUGCCCUGUACUAGCACUGUCACUGAAAGAGAUGCAGUAACUGCAGCUCCAGAUCAAGCAUUCAGUGUUGAAGGUGGUUUCAGAAGUAAAUUAAUGUCUAGUAAUGACACUUACCUAUUAUCUUUACAUGAUCCAGUUUAUAGUUCAGUAACAUAUGCAAACACAUCAAGGACAAAUUCUGGAUAUAUUGUUCAAGAAAAUAAGACUUAUCAUAACUGUGUGGAAACCUCAGAUGCUCAGUGUCAACAGAGACUUCUCUUCAAAUCAACACCAAGUUCAACAUCAGUGUGUGCAAGAAAAAGUGUGGAGACUUCUUUAAAAACCAUUGAGAACAAGUUCCCAAGAAGGCAUAAAACAGCUGCCAUUAAAAUUAACAAGAAUGUGGAAAAGCUAUCAAGAGAAGUACAAAAACUGAUGAAAGAUGAAUGUGUAAGCAUCCGUGAUAAACAGUUCUUUAAGAUUGUAAAUUGUGAUUAUAAAGUUCUUCGUAAACGUGAACUUCGUGCUAGAUGUUCAAAUAGGAUAAAUAGGGUAAAAAAUGAUAUUGUAAAACCAUUUAAAACAAAGUCUUUUAAAGCUUAUAAAUAUUUCUCCACCUGUAAAGUUAGCAGUGGUGUCAGAAAUAGUUUUCAUUUUGAUGUAGUUGGUAGUUUACAAGAAAUGAAUUCUAGAGAGUGCACUGAAGUUCCUGUAACUUCAAGGGGAAGGUGUCCUACUUUCUAUAAUCAAACACAUGGUGAGAGAGGUGAACAGGUAUUUAAUGAAAACAGCACCAGUAUUAAUUUAAAUCACAAAAUUCAGAAUUCAUUAAGUAUGCAUUAUGAACUUCAAAGUGUCCACAGAAAGAGUGUAGAAUUAAAACUUAAUUCUGCCAAUUCACUUCAACAAACACGCAUUGAGCAUUGUGGCAAAGUAGAAGCAUUUCACCAGUACAGUCUUACAUCAGUAAUUAAUGAAGCUGCUCAUAGUAGUGUGGAUUAUUUAGAUCAUUCUCAUGAAGUUGGUAACGGUAGGCCUCCCCAUGAAGCUGAGAAAGUUUCGCCAUUUGUUAGUGGCAGUGCCACUUGUUCAGGUGAUGUGCCAAAAAUGCAUGAAGUUGUUGAUGUCAUUGGAAGGGCAAAACAUGGAAGUUAUUACACUAAAUGCCAAAUGAAAUUGCGUAGUCAGUGUCAGAGCAAAGAAUCAGUGUCAUUUACCUGCACUUCUGCUAGAUCUCAUAGGGUAACGCGGAAAACAGUUGCUGGGAACCCCAAAAGUUUAGUUUGUAUAGAAAAACAAAAAAUUCAAAGGAAUAAAAUUAUGAAACAUUUAAAUCGACAAAUGAGCCUCAAGACACAGUUUACUGAUGUGUAUCACAUUAUGCUUCAGGGUUCUUCACAAACACAACCAUCAGAAAAUGAAGAACAUCUUGGAUACAAGCAUUUCAGCUCCAGUUCCAAGAUAAGAAUUUUCAGAAAGAGACAGGUUUUCAACCCACAGCAGAAGAAGGGUGUCUCCAGGGAAUUACAACAAUUGCUGCAGGAUGAGUGUAAAGAGUUAGUAAAUUUAGGGUUGGAACGAAGUACUGUACCUGUCAAGACAUCAUCGAAAGCAUUGACUUUUGAAAAUAUUUUAAUAGCUCAGCUGAGAGAAAUUGAGGAAAAUCACAGAGAAUGGUUUAAGGAUCGAGAAGUUAUGUGUGUGAUUAAUUUCCCUUACGAAUUUCGAUCAGUCUGAUUUUGAACAAUUGUAGGGGUUUUGCAAGUGUUUCUCACUUAUUUUCUGUAAAUGUGACAGUUACACAGUUUGCAAGUGAAUGUAACUAGCACCAUAUACAAAGAACUGCUAUUGCAGUUUUUUUUACCACAUUUGAAAUGGACAAUAGAUUAAUUUUCUGCAAUAGCAGUAGAAACGGAAACUGGAUAAUGCUUUACUUUUGUAUAGUUCGCCUGCAGGAUCAGGUAGAUAGUGUGGACAGAUGCAGUGCAAGGUGUCCACAUGAAUCUUGGAAGUCUGAAUGAUUUUUGCUUGUAUGUCAGAAAUAUUGAAGUGAUGUGGAAACGGAACUUUUUACUACCACUGUACUUGUGAAUUGCAAAGUAUCAUUGUGAAAAUGAAGAAAUAUAUAUUUAAAAUCUCUGUAACUGAUCAUCGCUUUAAUUAAUUAAAUGUACAUAAAUAUUUUAGAAUCUUGAUGUGCAACAUGCAUAGGAAAUAGUACAUAAAUAUUUUAUAAUACUUAUUCUUCAAAUUUUUAGUGUUGUAGUAAGUGUGUUAUUUUAAUGACAUACUAUUGGAAACAGUGACGUGUAAGAUGUUAUCACAAAAAUUUUGUAAAAGUCAAAUGUACAUGUGUUAAUCAAGUUUUAAAGUCAUCUGUAAGGAGAAAGUAACUUCCUUUACAUUAUUUGAGGUUUUAAAAAUUAGAUAUAUGCUGCAAUGGUCAAACUGAAAGUAGAAUUCUUGAGUAAUGCAUCAGUCGUAUUCCAUUAAAAUUACAUUAGGAAAGUGUCAUGUAAGAAAAACAUAUGAUGAACAGCAAAUUGUGAAUAUGAUUGAACGCCCCCUCCCUCGCUUUUUAAUAAUUAGUGUGAUGUCUGAGAAGAGAUUCAGUCAGUCAUUAGUCAUCUAGUGCCACAAAUAUGCUCAUUCUGUCUUUCAUAUGCACUAUGUCAGCUGUGCAAAUAAAUCCAUACCAGAAAUUUGUAGCAUGGUAGAAAUAGCGCUGUGGUUGAGGUAAUGUUCACAUUGGGGAACCCUAAGCAUUUAGAUUUAUAAUUUUUCAUGAUAUCUCUGAAACACUUAAACUAGUUAUUGUGAAAAGGUACAACCAAAAUCUUUCCAAAUCCAAGGCCAGUUAGAGAUUGUUGUCCAUAUCACAUAAACUUGUAGUUGAUAGGAUUUUAAACUACAGCUGCCUUCCUUGUGUACUAAAAAUAUUAUAAUCAGUGCAUUUAGACAUUUCUGUUUAUAGUGUUUAAAUGCUGAGAUUCAUGGAAAUGUGGAAAGUAAAUAGUCCUGAGCUAGGAGAAAUAAAUUUUCUUUACAUAAUCCCCAUAGCAGAAUACUGAUAUGUCAUCAGCUACAUAUCUAUGGUUAAUAAAUAGUUCAUUAAGCUAAAUGGGGGGCAGGAUGCAGAUCCAGUGUCCAGAACAUCUUUGUGUUCACUCCCCCUCCCCCCCCCCCCCCCAUAUGGUCUCUUAAGAAUUAGAGCUCUAUACCCCUAUAUCCAUUUAUGUUCUUUCUUGAAGCCAGUUUUACAUCCAAAUGUCUAUCACUAAUGGGCCAAAGUCUUCUAGUAGUUCCUGCCACAUUCAAAUGGUGCUUUGGAAUAUGUUUUAGUACACAAGGAGCCUACCUUUUUAUCCUAGUAAGUAUGCUCACUGAGAUGAGUUAGUGUCUUACAUUAUGCUGGAUCUGUAUGGAAUAAGCAGUACACCAAGAGAAACAGGGUUGAUGAGCUCCUCUUAAUUAAGUCCACUCACGUUCCAACUUGGAAGUUCCGAUAAACAUGAUACUUGCAGGUAGAUGGUGCUUUUUUUCCGACCUAGUCAACUUUUUCUUGUCCAAAAACUAAAAAUAUAUUCAUGCUAUUUUCAGUGUGGUACCCUCUCUCUAAUGAAGAUCCUUUUUAUAAAUAAAAAAAUUCAUUUGUAGUUGUAUAUAUAUGUAAAAUGAAAUCUUUAUAACUGAUGUAUCAUCAUAUACUCUUUUAAGUAUAAGCCUUACAUGGUAGUCAUUAAAGCUAUUUAAGUUCCAGGGUUUGUGUGUACUUCACUAAUGUGGCCAUGAAAUAAAAAAAUUCUUAAAAUUCCAGAGUAAACAUCUGAAAUUUUCAUGGCUAGUUUCUUUAAUGAACAAAGAUAAAUGUUAUUACAAUUAAAUCUUUGUCAUUGUUAGUUGAAUAAUUUAUCCUUUGGUCCUGUGAAAUUUAUUUUAUGUAGACCUUACUUUCUAUUGCAAAAUCAUGUCACUUUGAUACAUACUGCAACUUUCAACCUGGAACUUCAGUUCCUUUUCCAUGUAGUGUGGAUCAUAUUUUGUGUUCACUUAAAAUGUUUGACUUUGCCAGUGCAUUUGGCCUUUAGUCUAUCUCCUUUCACAAUGCACCAGUGGAAUUACUUGGUUUAAUGUUACCCAAAGAUUUACCGGUCACCAUAAGCAGUGCUAUUUACAUAAGCUGACUAUAGGUUAGAAUUUAAUCCAUGACAUUAAUAUUCAGUCUGGUGAUCAAGAAUGGACUCUGCAACCUAUUCCUUCCUUUCCAGUUAAACUUUGGCAAGAGAAAUUAACACCACAGCAUGUGCUGCUGUGUUGUGGUUGUUAAGUUAAUACAUAUUGAUAAGAUUGACAACAGCUAGAAACUAAAAUAAUCUGAAAAGUUGCACAAAUAGAGUCAUGGUCAUGUAACACAACAUUCCUCUAUUUUUAUAAUGGUUAUUUUGUAACACAUCAAGAAAAUAUUUUUUAAAACUUGGUGCUUGAAUACAUAGCUAAACUCCUCCCGAAGAGGCCGUGAAGGCCCAAGGGUACCGACCGGCCAGCCGCUGUGUCAUCCUCAGCCCAUAGGCGUCACUGGAUGCAGAUAUGGAGGGGCAUGUGGUCACCAUACUGCUCUCCCAGCUGUAUGUCAAUUUCUGAGACCAGAACUUCUGUAUUAAAUGAACAUUAAAUUUGAAAGAAAAGCCAGUUGCCCAGAAUACAGUUGACUUCAUUUUCGAGUGAAACCAAUUUAACCAUAAUAGUGGGAGUUCAUAUGGACACUAUCAUUCUGCAGUUUCAAAAGUGCUUGGAAACUUCAAUAAAAUCGUUGAUGGUUCAUUGCCAGGCAAUAAACAAUUUUUGUAGCAUGUAUAAAUACUUUGUUUUAAGGAAAUGGACAGAAAUCUUCUGCUUUUUUAAUCUAGCCACUUUAUCCUGCCUUAUGGGUUGACUCAAUUUUAAACUUCUAAUUAUGUUUCUCCAUUCUUUCCAACAUGGCCAUCACAGAACGUAUUUUGAGCAUAAGUAUUUCAUCCUCACCAAGGUACCCCAUGAGCCAGAAUAAAUUACUCCCAAAAGAAAACCUGAAACUUCAUAGCACUUGCUCACAACCUCAACUACUUUCAGGUAGUUCAACAUUUAGAAUUUUUUUUUUUAUUUUUUACUAUUACAAAAUAGAGACGAAACCUUACUAUCUUCUGUCCAGUUUUACUCAAAAUGGAUGUCGUGUGUUCUCAGAGGUAAACAGAAUAUACAGGGUGCAUCAUAAUUAAAGACAUAAACACAUACAGUUGAAAGUACACAAUACUAGAAGCAAAAAAGUCCCAGAAACCGUAGGUUGGAAAAUCAUACCUUAAGAGCUACGAGCAAUUUUUUAUCUUCGAUACUGUGAAGCAAAUCUCUUGUUCUGCAAUUUCUUUGCUUUCCAUAUUUUAGGAACUGGUAUGAUGGACCAAAACAAGAAAAAAGUCCAGUAAACAUGUGCUCUAAAAUGCAUUCCUUAAGAGCUAUGAGCAUGUGUUCAUCUUUGCUACUUUGAAACACAGCUUCUCUAAUGAUCAAGUGCUCGUAACUGUUUAGGUACGCAUUUUAGAGCACAUGUUUACUGGACAUUUUUUUUCUUAUUUUGGUCAAUACUACCACUUCCCAAAAUAUGGAAAGCAAAGAACUUGCAGUAGAAGAGAUUUGUUUCACAGUAUCUAAGAUGAAAAAUUGUUUGUAGCUCUUAAGGUAUGCAUUUUUGACCCUAUGUUUCCUGAGACUUUUUUGCUUUAAUAUCAUGUACUUUCAACUGUGUGUGUUUAUGCCAUGAAUUAUGAUACACCCUGUAUACCAAAAUGAAAUGAUGGCACACACAUUUGAAAUGUGUUUAUUUUAUUGUGAAACCAUAGUCACACUUUAAUCACAUGAAUGUGUCUAUUUUCCUGAAUUUUAAUUUAGAAAAACAUAAUAAUAAUAAUAAUAAUAAUAAUAAUAAUAAUAAUAAUAAUAAUGUCGUGUGACUAGGGCCUCCCGUCCGGUAGAGCGUUCGCCGGGUGCAAGUCUUUCGAUUUGACGCCACUUCGGUGACAUGCGCGUCGAUGAGGGUGAAAUGAUGUGAUACUCAGAAAUGUCUAAACUUCAGUUACUAUGGUCAAACAUGGAGCAAUACUGGAGCAUGUUUUGAUACACAUAAUCCGAGCUCAUCCAUUAUAUUACUGUCUGAGAACUCCCACACAGCUCCAGAUAUUCAGGACCCAUUCUGACAAGCAAAAAUUCACUCAGUAAAUUGAUGCAGACUGCUGAAGUGCUCAGACAAUGUAAAGGCUAUGAUUAUAAAGCAAAUAAAUUCUGAAUACUGUGUUUUGCAUAUUGAAUAGCUCUUUCACCAGAGGCAUUUCUGUACUAUCAACAAAGUAUCCUUAGUGACAAUGCAAACAUUGGCAUAUUUUACAAAUCGUGUACAGCAUUUUGUCAAAUUUCACUCUAAAGACAAACUGUUUCCAAAUCAGUAUCAAUCAUCAGAAUACAAUGUACUUAUACAGUAAGCUUUAACAACUCUUUCUUGAUAGAAGUGAAACAUUUCUAGUGAAAGAGCUUGUCAUUUUACAGUACACGAGUCCAAUAAGAAAUGAAAAUUAAUAAUAUUAGUAUCUGCAGAAGAUGAAACAAGCUAUAGCAUUAUUCAGAAUGAAAUUUUCACUCUGUAGCAAAGUAUCUGCUGAUGUGAAACGUCCUGCCAGACAGAGAUUCGAACACUCUCUGUCUCUCUCUGACACACGCUCUGAAUACAUUUGGUGAUUUCAUUACGAACUACAUUAGUACAUAUGAUGGAAGGCCACUGCACUCAAUUUAAUAGCGACAAAAAGCAUCCAGUCGGAAAAUAAAACUUAAAAUCAAAUAAGAAACAAAAGUAAAACAGGCUAUAAAAGCUAAAGAUAUAAGUCAUUCAGCACGCACGGUCGUGGAAAGCAUCCACCCCUCCCCCCUCUUUUUUCUUUGUGCCAUGAAAGUUGAUUUUUGGCUGCCUUUUUCUGAACAGAUGGAUAACAGUAUGUUGCUAAGUUACCAUCUCUUCCUUUAAAGUAUAUUGGCAACAGCUGUUAGAAGAAAUGGUUGCUGGCUUUCAUGUACAAAAGUGAUGUGCUGUUUUUGGGUCUAAUGUAUAGUUAUAAUAAAAGAUAGAUGUGAAAGUGAAAUUCUGCAAAUAUAUGAUACUUUGCCAACAUUGUGGAUAAAUGUUACUUAGUGACAGUAGUACAUGAAGCUGACGCUUAAUGUAUCAUUACACUUGCACAGCUAUGAUGCUGAAAUUUUGUUUCCGUUGUGGAUUCAACCUGAAAAGUCGAGUGGCGUCAUCUGUUACUUCAGUCUCGUAUGACAUUAAUGAGCAUAUUUUUGUAUUACUUAAAUUUCAUGUGUAAAUGAUAGAAUUAGUGUAAUUAAUUCUCCCCACCCCUCCCCCAACAACCGAUGAGAAGUUUCAUGUGAUAGCCAUUCACAUUUACUGCGUAACAUGUCAGUGUGCCAUGUUUCCAAUGUAUGUCAUUUGUAGUAUUAUUCAGUGAAUUCCUAAAAAUUAAUUUUAUGUUCCUUCCUACAUAUUUAUUUUAAUUUUAUGAAAAUAUUCUUAUAAAUCUUUAAGUGACAAAAAUGUUGACAUGAUGACUUUCAAAUGGAGUCUAUAUUUUAUGCUAACUUAAAACAAAUAAAUAUUUUCAUAACAAUUUUGAUACUGUUCAUGAACACUUUAACAAAUUAUGUUCAUUUUUUGUUGCUGGAUUUAUAAGUGUUGAAACUAUUCCAGGUGGAUAUUACUCAUGACGGUGCUUGCAAAAGCUCAAGACUGUGAAAUGUCAUGUGCAUUAAAGUGUAUACCACCAUGUUGAUAACUGUAUAUAUUGUUUCACUAAAAUUUGGAUCUGUUUUGUCAUGUGUAUUUCAGUUACUACUGUGAAGUCAUCACAGCUUAAGUUUACAAAUAAAAAUUAGAACUUAAAACAA